GGCAUAUCAUCAGCAACCGCAAAUACAAAAGGAACAAAUGAUGACGAUGAUGAUGAUGGAUCAACGUAAUCAUCAUCAACGGAAGAAAUCGCCAUUAUCGUCGCCAUCAUCUCCAUCAUCUCCAUCAUCACCAUCAUCUCCAUCAUCACCAAAAUCACCAUCAUUCAAUAAUAAUGAGGAAGAGAGGCUAGAGGUUGUGAAUUUGAGUGGGAUGGCAUUGGAGUCUCUCCCUAAUCCUUCACUCAAUUUAGCUCAGAUUUGCAAGCUUGAUCUCUCCAACAAUCAUCUCCAGACUAUACCAGAAUCACUAACCGCAAGACUACUCAACUUGAUAGCAUUAGAUGUUCACUCAAAUCAGAUCAAAGCUCUUCCAAACUCCAUUGGUUGUCUCUCUAAGCUCAAGACUCUCAAUGUCUCCGGCAACUUUCUUGUAUCCUUCCCCAAAUCUAUCCAACAUUGCAGGUCUCUGGAAGAACUAAAUGCAAACUUCAACAAACUCAUUAGAUUACCAGACUCCAUUGGCUUUGAACUCACCAAUCUAAGGAAGCUCUCUAUCAACUCCAACAAGCUAAUUAGUCUUCCACUCUCCAUUACUCACCUCACGUCUCUUCGAGUCCUUGACGCUCGUCUCAACUGCCUCAUGAUUCUCCCAGAUGAUCUCGAGAAUCUCAUCAACCUCGAGAUCCUUAAUGUCAGCCAGAAUUUCCAGUAUCUUUCCGCUCUUCCAUCUUCCAUUGGCCUUUUAAUGAACCUCAUUGAGCUCGAUGUUAGCUACAACAAGAUCACUGUCUUGCCUGAGUCCAUUGGCUGCAUGAGACGGUUAAGGAAGCUGAGUGUUGAAGGAAACCCGCUCGUGUCCCCGCCCAUCGAGGUGAUGGAGCAGAAUUUGCAGGUGGUGAGAGAGUAUCUGACACAAAAGAUGAAUGGAGGCUCACCAAGGAGUCCCAGCAAAAAGAAGUCGUGGGGAUUCGGUAAAUUGGUGAAGUAUGGGACGUUCAAUGGCGGAUCAAGAAGCUGGAAUAGAGAGGAGAGGGAAGGGUUUAUCAUGCCUGAGUACCGCGCCAUCGACAGUCUUGCUUCGCCUAGGUACUCUGGAAUGUUCUCUCCACGCCGUCUCUUUUCUCCAAGAACCUAUUUCAGCAGAUGAAACAGAGAGGUUUCACAUUCCUACAAGCCAUGCACACCUCUGUAGCAUAGCAUCAAGGCCAAAACAAUCCAAUUUUGUCUAUCAUUUUAAUUAUAGCAUCAUAAAAAUGUAUACAGAGUAUCUCAAUAUGUUAAUCAGAUUCUAGAAUUCUUGUUUUUUCAUUAUAUAUGGUUGCACCAGGUCUCUGUUUCUAUGCACACCAAAUUUUGUUCAUGAAUAAAGUUUCUUCUUUCAG